AUGCGUCAGAUCUAUGAAACACUUGAGAAACGUCAUUGUGGUAUCUAUGAAAGUCCCACAGGUACUGGCAAAUCCAUGAGUCUCAUUUGUGGAGUUCUGACAUGGCUUCGGGAUCACACGGACGAGUAUGGAUUGUAUCAAAAUACAACACAAGGUGAUAACAUUGAUAUUGAUAAAGAGCAACUGACGAAACAAACCGAACCGAAGUGGGUUAAUGACUUUGAGCAGAAGACACUGGAUCGAGAGGUUCAAUUUCGGCAACAAAUGGUCCUGGAAGCUUUAGGUGGAAUUCAAAAGCUUCGGUUAGAACCAGAAGCGAUCACAAAGAAACGAAAGAUGAAAAUUGCGUAUCACCAUAAGGAACGGAAACGGAUACAUGAGUGUAAAAGUAGUAGUAGUAGUAGUACUGCUAGACACACGAGAAAGCAGAGUGGAGAGGAUGAAGCGGAAUAUGUAGUGGAUCCAUACGAUAGUGAUCAAGUGGACCGACAUCAUCGUGAGAGUGACGAAGAGAGUACAAUCACAUGUGGCAAUUUGAAUGGCAGGUUGAGUGAAAAGACAUUGGAUUUUCAAGUCGUAAAGGUCAUUUAUUGCAGUCGAACGCAUUCGCAGAUCUCACAAUUUGUUCGUGAGAUACGGAAAACCGUGUUUGCACAACAUAUUCGAGUUGUAUCCUUGGGUUCUCGUAAGAACUUGUGUACGAAUCCAAAGGUUACAAAGAUGAAUUCAGAUUUAAGAAUGACGGAUAGGUGUUUGGAUAUGAUGCAAAGCAACAAGACCAAGAAUGGUAAGAAGGUGGGUAAGUGCCCGUUCUACGAAAAAGAGUUACUUGGUCAUUUUAAAAAUUAUGCCCUGGCGCACGUACAAGACAUUGAGGACUUGCACACAUUGGGUAGUGAAAUGUCAAUUUGUUCGUAUUACGGCACACGUGAAAGCAUUCCACUUGCUCAAAUCGUUACGGUACCAUAUUCAAUGCUUCUUAGCAAAGACACUCGAGAGACGCUGGGCAUUACGUUGGAAGAUAACAUCAUUAUUUUUGACGAAGCGCACAAUAUUAUCGACGCAAUCAACAACACCUAUAGAGUCGAAAUCACCAGCAAGCAAUUGGUGGUAGCAAGAAGGACUCUGUGGUCGUAUUUCAUAAAGUAUGAAAGAAGAUUUAAGGGCAAGAACGCGUUCUACAUCAAACAACUAUUGUCCGUCAUGGAACUGAUAACGAAAUUUCUACGCCAACUGGGCAAGUCUACUGGAACGGCUACAUCAGCAUGUGAUGAUGAUGAUGGAGAUAAUACUGGGGCACAGAUGAUGACCAUUAACGAUUUCUUAUUCAGUGCGAAGAUAGACCACUUCAACAUGUUCAAGAUUCUAGAAUAUCUUGAUGGAAGUGACUUAGCGAAGAAGUUGAUGGGCUUUGUCGAUCUCACAAACAAGGAAUCUCCUGCUGCUACCUCCCCAGCUACACCUAAUGAUGAUCCAGACGUAGGUUUUGAAAGUCGUCACAUAUCACCACUGCGAACAGUUGAGGCUUUGUUAAAGGCAUUGACCAGUGCAGGUGAAGACGGACGGGUCCUUGCACAGCCCAACAAUGCGCAGAAGGGAGUUGAAGGCUCGAUCAAGUUCAUCUUGCUAAACCCUGUGGUCCAUUUCCAAGAAAUAGUGGAAAAGGCACGGAGUGUCUCACAAGUAAUCGACCAACUCUUUUCUUCAGUGCCUAGAGAAGAUAUCGACCUGUUUUCAUGCGGCCACGUCAUUCCUCCUGAAAAUUUGCUGGUCUUCAGCCUUGCAUCGGGUCCUUCCCAAAAACACCUUGAAUUCACGUAUUCUCGACGGAAUGACAUGGAAGCAUUAGAUGAGCUUGGGCGUAUUUUACUCAACCUUUCACGCAUUGUGCCCGGUGGGGUUGUAGUGUUUUUUCCUUCGUAUCGUUUUGAAGAGUCUGCUGUACAACGAUGGCAGGACACAAAACAGUAUGAGCAACUUCAAGCAAAGAAAAGCAUUUUCAGGGAGCCCAAAAAAGCUGAUGAACUUGCAGAGGUGCUAAUGCAGUAUUCAGCAGCGUGCUCGCGAGAUAACCUGAACGAAAAGGGUGCCAUACUUCUAAGCGUGGUUGGAGGUAAAAUGUCCGAAGGAAUCAAUUUCAGUGAUGAGUUGGCACGAUGCGUUGUGAUGGUAGGCAUGCCAUAUCCAAACGCUCGAGACGUAGAGAUAGUUGAGAAAAUGAAUUUCCUGGACCAGUCAAGUCCCGGAUCUGGACGACAAUUCUACGAAAGUAUUUGCAUGAAGGCGGUCAACCAGUCGAUUGGUAAGAUUUGUUGUUGUACUGCUCUGUGCGCUGCUGCUACUAACACAUUUAGUCGUUUCGGACGUACAGGAAGGUCUAUUCGCCAUCAAAAUGACUAUUCCUCCAUUUUGCUAAUUGACCAUCGAUACUCAAAUCUGGCGGUUCGCAAUCGCCUACCUGAGUGGAUUCAGAAGCGCAUUCAACCUACGGUGUCGUUUGGGCAGGUGUACUUACAACUCGUCCAAUUCUUUCGAGCAAAGGACAGCCAUGACAAGCUCAACUAG